AACACGAACAAAAAGCUAAACAGGAAAGCAACCGAGAUUAUUUGUAAUCGAGUUUCCUGUGUUUUACUAUGACACAAUGAUGGUGUCCAGUUCUGCUCAAUGUAUUCAGAUUAGGGGCAUAUAUUUCUUUUUUCGAUUAUCUUAUCGUUGUAUUGUAAUUGGAAUGCUACAGUUUUAGGAGGACAAUUCGCAAUUCGCAUUAUAUAGAGGUGAUAAAAUGUUCGACGUUUGUUGUUUGUGGUGUUCGAGAGUAAAGGACAAUGAUAACAGUAUACAGGAAGAUGAAGAAGAGGCCAGGGUUCAGCUUGCUAUGUCUGAUGACUGCAAAAACACCAAAAAAAUCACAGGAUACCUAGAGAGACGAGGAAAACUGUUGAUGAAUUCAUGGAAGAGAUACUGGUACGUCCUAGAAGGUCAUCUACUUCUUUACUAUGGUUCUAAAGAGGAAUACGAUGCUCUAUCUCCCUGCAAAGGCUCCCUCACUUUGGGACCUACCUGCAGCGUUAAACCUUACUCCUCUACAACUCACAAGUUUCAGAUUACUACCAGAUCAGGAAAUGUUGUAACCUUAAGAGCUGAGUCCAUUUUAGAACAGAACAAAUGGAUGCAAGCAAUCUGCACAACACUGAACGAGAACCAAAAGGUUGACAUAAGUCCUACAAAACUGUGUCAUUUUAGGUAUUCCACUGAAAGCGUCGACUUGUUGGUGAACACUGCGGAACAACCUAAGCUUAACACAACACCGACUGAUGUAGAUACUCCACCAUCUGAUGCAACGUUGGAAAAGGAAGACACACACCUUCUUGAGAGACUCCAGAGGUUGGGAGCAAGGUCCUACGCUGAGGACAUCGUCACUAACCAUCAGAUGAUAGUGAACAAAAGACCAAAACUCAAAAAACUCGAACUGAACGAAAAAGUUCCGAAGAAGAAGGAAGGACCACUCCAUUCUCCAAAAGUAUUGCAAUAUUCACCAAAUGUUCCUAAAAUAAGCGAAGAACCCACAGAGUCUACAGGGGAAGAAAUCGUUCUCGAAGAUGAAGAUUACUGCGUCUGUCUUCUUGAUAAAACUGAAGACAGUAACCCUCCCAAAAAGAUCCCACUUAACCAACCACGAAGUAUUAGUUUCUCAAUAGCCAGAGAGGUGUUCAACAGGAAUUCUAACAGUUCUGCUCAUAUCUCGAAAGCGAAAUUCAAACGAAACUCUGAAAGUAGCGUACAAGAGAAGGACAAAAAACCUAUUAAGGAACUAGAGAAUUUGACUGAAAAGAUACAACAAUUCCGAGAAAAUUUAGAUAAUAUUAUUCUUGCAAAAUCCAAUAACAAGGAUGAGCUUUCAACUGAUUUUGAAGCGAAAGUACCAGAAGAUGUACCUUAUCAACGCGCUGAAGAAGAAAAACCACUUAUUGGGCCAAGAUCUUCAAAUUUAGUUACCGAAGAGCAUAACAUGACUGAGGAUCCUCAUUCAGGACAAAAUAGCGAUAAUAAAAUGCAAGAAGAAAAACAACCAAGUCGAAUAUCUUUGAUUGGCUCGUAUUAUAGUAGUGACAAUGAUAACACGGAUACAGAAAACCCCCAAAGCUAUCAAGAUUUUCGAGAAAACGAGCUUUACGCAAUACCAAACGAAAACAGAGUUGACACAUCUUCCAGACAAACCAAAAGCCGCCAACAAAGUCUAGAAUUGCAUUUUCCACCACCUCCAGUUGAAGCUUACGAGAGUAUACCCGAUCUUAUUGAUGUUGUGAAGAACCAUCAAGAAGUUAGGGAAGACGAUUUCAUUUGGCAGAAUGAAAUUUACGAGCCCCUUGAUAGGCAAGAUCUGCAGUACGCUGAGGCAAUCUUUCCUGAUACAUCUAAAGCAUAUUCAAAGGUUGGCAAAGUAGACAAAGUGCUUGGGAAGAAAAAAGUUGAUACAUAUGAUAAUUUGUACGAAGAAGUUGAUGACGAAUUCACAUUUGUAAGGUCUCCUACGAGAAAAGAAUUCGAACAGCGGAAUACGUAUGUAGAGAUAGAUGACACUCGAACAAAAUUGGAAAAACAAGAUCAAGUUGGAGUAGAAAUUGACAACGAUAUAUACGGGCAAACUACCAAAGAUAUACAUCGAGAUCCACAAACGCCGAAAGUUGAAAAAACGAAUAUCAAAUUCUUCAAAACGAAACAUGCAGAAGAUGAAACAGAGGUAGACAAUGAUCUGUACGCAGUACCUAGUGAGAUAUUCCAUAAAAACAACUCCAUAGAUACCAACAACAAAGAUCUGCAAAUGGAAAAUGAUUUAUAUUCAACAGUUGAAACGAACGAAGAGGAAGUCCAAUAUGAUAACGAAUUGUACGCAGAAUGCGAAAGAAGGCCUCUUUUUUCCAGGACUAACUCAAGAAGUGACAAGUUAGAGCCCCCCAAGCAGGAGAACUUGUCGAAGAAUAAAAACCACCACGAUGAGAUGGUACAAGUAGACAACGAUUUAUACGAAGCAGUUUCUGUAAAAAAUGACAUUUAUGCCGAGCCUAUAAUCAAUGCAAGAACUAGUGACACUGAAUUGCUAUACGAUGAGCCAAAAUUAGAGGGUGGUUCCAUUCAAGGAAAUACCCAAGGUAAUGUCGAAAUGCCCCUCUACGAAGACCCAGAUGAGUUGAUAACGAGACCACAGAAGUCGGAGGACAAGUUGACGAAGAAGAAGAAACUUCGGAAGGCGAAGUCGGAGGAGAUCAAGAAACAUGACAAUUUCUUACAGAGAAUGUUGAAACAGGCCACGAGGAAGAGCAGCGAAAAGAGCGACAAGAAUGCAGAAGAGGAGACACUAGCUCAACUGGCCGGUAUAAAAGAUCUACUGGAGAAGAAGAAGAAGGAAAUUAUGGAAGGGAUGGUGGGCCUAAGGCCACGUCAUAGGAGAAUACAGUCAGAUACCGAUGCACAACUCAGAUAUGUUGAUAAGAAUGCAACCCCCUCUUCCGUUGAUCUCAACGAGGAAUACUCAACAGUAAGGGACAAUAUCAAGGACGACAAUGAAGUUAUCUACAGUGAAGUUGCAAGAAGUUCCAAGGAAUUGAAGGAUUUGAUCCAGGACCUAUUAGAACGCACCAAAAAGGAUAACCAGGGAGUGUGAGUUCGGUUUUCUGUACAGGGUGGACCUGAAAUGUUGGAUUUGGGGUUUUCAGCACUGAAAAAGACAAAGUUUCUGAAAAUUGCCUGAAAAUCGAAGUGAGAUGAUAAUUCGUUUUUUGAGUCUGUAAAAAUGUAAAAGAUGCCUAUAAAUUGUAAUAUAUUGACAUUAUUUUGUUAUGUUUUUGCUAGACGAAUAAAUUCUUAUUAAAACUU